CUCCCAGUGACAGGAGCGUGUGCGGAAGUAUAUAUUGGUUUUCUCUGACUGCGAAGCGACUGUUGAAGACAAGAAGGGGGCCUGCUGGAUAAAAUUGGGAGUGUGCAUCACCAACUGAAAACGGGGGGGGGAGGAGGAACUAUUCGGGGAUGGAAGGAAAGGCGAGGAUAGCGCGGGUCUGACGCGUUUUUGCCUCAGAAAUGGGCUCGCGCCUACUCUUCCUCCUCCUCCUUGUGGCCACCACCAUCCAGCGUGUGGUAUUCCUUCCUCCAUCCCCUCCUCCGCCUCCUGCAGCUCCAUCGGGGCAGCGGGCGAGUCUCCUCCUCCUUUCCAUAUCCUUCUCCAGCCCGGCUCUGCUGACGUGUCUACCUCUGACCCCCCCUUCCCUCUUUUCGGAGCCAGCCCAGCAGUCUUGCUAACCAAACAUGGCUGCGGCGCGACGUCGUCUCCCACUCGUGCGGCCGCUCUUCGCCCUGUUCCCGCUCCUCCUUUGCGCCAUGCCACCUUCCUGUCAAGCCGGCCAGGCCCUGGACCGCCGUUUUGCCGAAUCCAAGCGAUGCGCCGACCCCGAAUGCAGCAUGCUAAUGUGUCGAGGGAAAGCAAUGAAGAAUUUUAAAGGCCCAGAUUGUCGUUUUGUAGAUUUUAAAGAAGGUGAAUCGGUGUACGUGUAUUAUAAAUUAACUGGGAGAUCAAAUGAGCUUUGGGCUGCAAGUGUUGGAAGUGAAUUUGGAUAUUUCCCAAAGGAUUUACUUGAAAUAAAUCAUAUUUAUACCCAUGAUGAGAUAGAAUUGCCAACAGAUGAAACAGAUUUUGUUUGCUUUGAUGGAGGCAAGGAUGAUUUUGACAAUUAUAAUGCAGAAGAGCUUUUAAAAUUAUCAGAGGUCAUGGUGGCUAGUGAUGCUGAAGCUGAGCUUGAAAAUGAAGAGGAGAUAGAAGGGGCUGAGCCUACAAAGUCCAUUAAUUCAGAGAUGUAUGAUUUUGAAGUGGGCUUGGAAGAAGAUGGUGAAGACCAUGCCAAAAUGGGUGAACAAGACCGAUUUCUUUUUGAAAAUAAUGAGAAUGUAGAGAGAGCUCUUGAUUCCAAGAGUGAGGACCUUGUUGUAAAUAGUGACUUAGACAAUCCUCAGGGAGACCAAAGUGCACAUCAGCCUUCAGAAGAAAUGCUGCAGGAAAUGUUAAAAAUGCCAAAACAUGAAAAUGCCAAAAACUCUAGUGUAUCUCAGGACAAAGCUAAACAAUCAGAUAAUGGAGACAAAGAUGAUGGUGCUUACACACUUCUCAACCAAGAAAUGUCGGAAGACUUGAAAACAACAUUUGGUUCAACUGCAGAUGCCCUUGUGUCUGAUGAUGAGACAACUAGUCUUGUUACAUCACUAGAUGCUGAUUUCAGGGAAGAUCUGGACAUUGACUCUUCUGAUACAGAGAAACUGGAAGAACCAAAGGAGCAGUCAGAAGAAAUUCAUUUGCUAUCUUUUACAGAAAAAGAAAGAAAAUCUUCAGAUGACCCAGAAGCUGAAGAGUUGCCACCUGAUGGUGUAUUUGAAUCGGAAAUAAGCGACAAUGAUGAUAGUGCUGGGGAAGCUGCAGCAAAAUUCAUUCUUGAGGGAAAAGACGGCUCUGGUUUACUAACACAUUUAGGGGAUAAUUUUUUUGCAAUUGUCAGUGGAGGUGAAAAAACAAUUGAUGAAGCUGUUGCGGCCAAGUUUGAUUUAGAGGAGGAGGAAGAUGAUGACGAUGAAGAUGACAAUGUGGCCGUAAUCAACAAGAAGGAAUAUACAGAAGAUGUGUUCUCUAAUUUAGACUCUUCAUCAGAAGAUCACCCUUUUACAUUAGAACAUGUUCUUAUUACAAAGAAGGCACAUAGUGUAGACGUUGGGGACCAUAAGGAAAAGAAGUAUAAAACUCAGGACAAUGAGGAAGGACAUGCAAAAACUGAGGUGGAACCUACUACAGAACAACAACUGCAAAGCGCUCCUCCGCAUAAUUUUGGUGCCUUUUCUAAUUAUGGAGGUGGCCGGCAGCCUGAAGCAUCCAUGGGAACUAAGGAAAAAAAUGUAAUACCACCCCUAGGGGAUAUCAGAGAUGAUCCAGAAGGACUUUCUAUUCAUAAAAUAAUAAAAGAUAAGGAAAGUGGACAGCAGAAAAAUGAGGAGGAUAGCUUGGAAAAUGAUACAAAACACAAAACAUUAUGGGAAAAAUUAGGCAAAAAAGAUGAGGAGGGUAAACAGCCAAUGAACAUUGUUCCAGACUUACUGGAAGAACUAACAAAUGAAUCUGAAAGUGAUCUGGAUGAUUCUGACCUCUUGGAAGACAAAACAAAGCAAGACGAAGAAGAUCUUGAACUACGGAAGAUGCUCAGUAAUAAAAAGCAAUCAAAUGACUCUGCUAUGGAAAACAAUCCCACUGAGAGAGAUGCUGAAGUGCCUAUUGCACAAUCUGAACAAGAAACUGUGACCCAAGAUUUAGAAGAUGAAGAGGAGGAAAAGGAGGACCAUCUUACAAGUAGCAAGAAGAAGUUAGAGAAAAAAUUGAUUAUAGAAAACCCCAGAAGAGCCACAGAACACAGAAAUCUUACUCAGCAAAACAUUAUUCAUAAUGAAGCUGAAAAUGUGGAUAAAGUUGCUGGUAUUGAUACAGGUGGUGUGAAAUCAUCCACAGAACAACUCAAGCCUGUGGAGCUAGAUGCUGAAGAAGACACUUUCCUAGAAGAAUUAGAACAGGAAUUACUACAAGAUGAAAAUGCUGUGAGUGCAAAACUGUCUAAAGAGAGACCUGCAGAUGAACAAAGUUUCAGAUUAGAUGCUGAAAGCCUUCUGCUUCAAAUGCCAAAUGGUGCUAUUUCAAGAGCUGCUAAUCCUGUUGAUGAAAUGGGAGAAGCAAUAACACUUGAGCAAGCCGAGAAAGACGGCAUGGAAGACUUCAAUGAGGAACAUGAAGGAGUGCAAAUAAAUGGAGAUUCUCAGCUGAGUGAGGGGAAAGAAAUUAAAGAGGAAAAGCAGGAAGUGGAGCCAACAACUUUGUCUCAAGUGGAAAAUUCUCUGCUUCAGGAAAAAAAUCAAAUACAGGAUAUACAUGAUGAAAUAAACUCAAGUAAAAUAGAUAUUUCUGAGUUAGAAAGCAAGGAUGACUUUAAUCAAACACAGGAGCAUCUCUCUAAAGAUUUUUCACAAAAGGUUCUUAAAGAUGUACAGAUCUCAACAGAGCAACAGCAUUCCAGUGAUCCCUUGGGGACUACUGAUGUCUCAGAAAACACAAAUGAAGAGCCACAAUACAGUGAGGCAGUGAGGCAGCUCUUUAUAAUGAAAGAAUUUCUUGAUGAAAAACGUAUUGCGCGUAUACAGAAGUAUCUUGGGCAACAACAUAUUUUCAGGAUAGAAUCUUUAUUUCAUGACAUGGAGUUGGAGCUAAUAUUUGCUCAGAAACAAAAUGAUAACCAUGCAGAUACUGAAAAGGCAUUGGACCAGAUCCUUGAAUCUUCAGAGUCUAAUAUUCUGGAUGUUCUGAACAAAGUUUUAGAUUCCAGGGAGGUUGAAAAUAAAGAAGAAGUGAUCAAGGAAAUGGAUUGGUUUGAUGAAGAAGCUGCCUUACUGGAUGAUAUUCAGGAACUAAUGUAUUCAUUAAGGCAAAAAUACUCUCCAGUUAGUGAGAGUGCUCCACUUGCAUUCCUUCUAGAAUCUGGGAUGGACUCUAACGAACCCAUUACAGCUAAUGCAAAGGAAACUGAACAUGAUGGACAUGUUGUGGAAAGCCCUGCUGAGAACACAGAUCAAAAGCUUCCACAGGAUGUAGAGCCAGUGGCAACAAAGUCAACAAAGGAAGAAACUCUUCAUCUGGAUCAACCAAAAGAAGAUAGGAACAUUUUGGCAGAGACUGGAACUUUGGAUGAACCAGAAAUCAAGGAUGUCCUUGACAGCGACAAAAGAUUGCCAAAUGUGGAUGCAACUUUUGGAUCAGUUGAUUCAGGAAUGGAGAGAGACUUUGUUGCAGGUAUCAUUAAUGCUAAGGAGGAUGUCAUGGAAGAAGAUAGUAAGCCAUCAGAAGCAGACUCUGCUGUUCCACAUACUCUUACUGCCUUGGGUGGUGCUGUCUUAUUAGCCAAGGAAAAUAUACAACCCUUCACAGAAAUUCUGGUUUCAACACUACCUGAAGACAUGCGGCCUGGUCCUGACUUCCAUGGCCUUCCUUGGGAGUCCAUUAUCAUCACUGCCUUUGUGGGAAUUGCUACACUUGCCAUUUUCUUCUGGAGAACCUGUCUAUCUGUAAAGAGUAGAAUGUAUCAAGUGACAGAAAAACAACUUGUAGAAAAAAUUAAAACUCUCUUGAAAGAAAAGACAGAAAUCUUAGAAAAGAUGUCAGAAUAUGAUCAAAAGAUAAAAGAAGCAAAAGAAUCUGUGAAAGAGGCUCAGAAACAAAACACAAAUCUCUCAGAUAUGACCACAGGGCUUAAGGACACAGUCAGGGGGCUUAAAGAAACAAACCAUCUUUUAGAUGAUAGAGUGAAAAACUUACACACCAUGCUAGAAAUUGAGAGAGAGCACAACGCAAAGAAACAGGAACAACUCAUAGAAGCACAGAAGUCUUUGGAGAAACUCCAAGAAAUCAUCACAUUGCAUUCUGUAGAGCUCUCUGAGGUGCAGAUAGCUCUCAAUGAAACAAAACUAAGUGAGGAAAAAGUGAAGUCUGACUUGCAUCAUAUGCAAGAAGAGAAUGUGAGACUAAAGAAGAGUAAGGAACAACUGCUGAAAGAAGCAGAAGGCUGGAGUGAGAGACACAGUGAGCUCAGUGAACAGAUCAAGUUAUAUCAGAAGUCACAGAAAGACAUAGAAGAAGCACUUGCCUAUAAAGAAAAUGAAAUUGAAGUUUUGACUAACUGCAUUAUGCAGCUGAAGCAGCUUGAUGCAGAAUCUGAGUCAGAAGGCAAGAGGGAUGAUGGAAAUGACCUGGCCAAUGGAGAGCUCUCAGAUACCAGGAAUGAGAAGAUGAAGAAUCAGAUUAAGCAGAUGAUGGAUGUUUCAAGGGUAAAAACAACAUUAUCUAUCAUUGAAGAAGAAAGAGAUCUUUUGCGGUCCAAACUAAAUGAUGAAGUAGCAGCAAGGCAUGAGUUAGAAGAACAAAUCAAGAAGCUGGAACAUGAUUCCUAUUCCCUACAGACAGCAAAAUCUCAGCUAGAAAGUGAAUGCAAAACUCUGCAACAGAAAGUGGAGAUUCUCAAUGAGCUCUAUCAGCAGAAGGAAAUGGCACUUCAAAAGAAGUUGACAUUAGAAGAGUAUGAGCGUCAAGAGAAAGAACAGAAGCUCUCUGCUGCAGAUGAAAAAGCAAUCCUGGCUGUUGAAGAAGUGAAAGUUUACAAACAGAGAAUUCAGGAAAUGGAAGAAGAACUGCAAAAAACAGAGCGAUCUUACAAGAAUCAGAUUGCCAGCCAUGAGAAGAAGGCCCAUGACAACUGGCUCAUAGCACGUUCUGCGGAAAGGGCAUUAGUCGAAGAAAAAAGGGAAAAUGCCAACUUGAGGCACAAGUUAAUGGAGAUGGAUCAGAAAAUAGCUGCACUUCAGAGACCACUAAUUGUGAAACCAACUGCAGGCCGACCAGACCAUCAGGUCCCCCCUCGCAGAGGUCCGUUAAGUCGAGAUGGUUCUUUUGGGCCUUCACCUGUGAGUGGUGGAGCUCCUUCCCCACCACUGAUGAUGGAACCCCUUGGGCGGCCCCUUUCUGCCAAUCCAAGGGAGGUUUCAAGAGGUGAACAUAUUGCUGCUAUGGUUGAUGGCCCUCCAUUUCCAAGAAGACAUUCUGAGCUAUCUGGAAGAAUGUCUGCUCCAGACCUUGGCCCUGCUGUAGCAUCCCUAAUCAACUGUGGGCCAAGAACAUCCUCUCCUUCUUCUACAGUACUGGAUGGAAUGCAAAACCCUCCCAAAGAGCAUGAAGCUCCCUGUGUUUCUACUGUCCCACCUUCAUCUGCCGAAGCAACUGCAGUUAGCAUAGGUUCUAAAGGCCCACCACCUUUCCCAGGGGCCCCUAUAAUGACAGCACCCGCAACUGGACCUUUGCCACCUCCAGUUCGAUUUGGACCUCCACCCCGGCCACCCUAUGGACCACUGCCUCUUCCUCUCGCACGUGGAGCUCCUCCACCACCUGUACUAAGGGACUAUCCACCUGGUCCUCCAUUUGGAAUGAGAGACUUUCCAUCUGGCCCACUACCGCCUCCUGAGCAGAGAGGUUAUCUCCGUGGACCGCCUCCUUUCCGGCCUCCACACGUAAGAGAAUAUCCUCCAGGACCUCCACGGCUACCUUCAGAAGGAUUAAGGGACUAUCCCCCUCCUUCUGUCAGAGACUUGCCACCUUCAGGAUCUGAAAACUACCAAGGGGGUCCUUCCUGUCCCCCAUCCCCAGCUAGCUCACGGGACUCAGCACAUCAUCCUGAACAGAAACCAUGACUUUGGAUUUGUGGACUGAUCUCUAUCACGUUUCAUGUGGUGAGGAUUUCAGUGGCUUCAGAACCAACUUAGUUUCCUCCUUCAGACUUGGGUUUCUAUGUAGAAUUUUUUUUUUGCAGAAAUAACUUCUUUAGCAAUGUGCAUUUCAAUAAUCGUUAAAUGAUGACUUGUUCAUCCACUUGGGAUGCCAAGUAUAACUUUUCUGCGAUGAACCUGAAGCCUGCUUCUACAGCUGUGGCUGACUUGCAGCUCUCGACGUGCAAUAUACGAAAGUACCUGUGUGGUUAGUUUUUAAUUAAUGUAGCCUAUGUAACAAGUUGGUGAAUGAUUUCAAUAUAAUUUGAACAUUUCCUGUGGAAAUACCUUCAGUAAGAAAUGCUACCCCUUUACAUAUAGCCUACAGUGACUGUAGACAAGUGGUUUACGUAAGGAUUCUAAUGCAAAUCUUUUUAAAAUAUCUGGUAUGAAAGACCAGAAGCAAACUACACUGUACUAGAAGGACAAAUCUACUAAUAAAGUGAGCAAGAUCUUUUUUUUUGCUA